AAGAUGCCUGUUGGAGGUCGUGGUGGGAAGGGGGUCGGUGGAGGAGUCCAAAGUUAUGGAAUCAGAAAUGGACAAAGUUUGACUGGAAUCAACGAAGAGAUCGUAUGGAUGUCCAUCGUGCUGGCCAUCACUAUCGCAGUGCUGAUCACAAUAGCACUGUGCUACUUGCUGCACGAGAACUGCAAAAAACGACACGACCAUAUGGCGCACGCGUGA